AUGCUAAUCCCAUGGACUGCAGUAAAACAGAGCCUGGAGGACAUUGGUUAUCUGGCUGUGGAUGUUUUCAUUACUGGUAAAAGGGAUGGCUUUCGAAGAACCCUCAUCCUCCUCCUCACCUGUAGCUUCUCCAGCCUCCUGCUGAGCUCCCUGCUCCUCCUCUACCUCCUCUUCACCCUCAACUAUGAGCUGGCGGUAGCCGGAGGGAUCGCUGGCUGCGUUGGGACACUACUGACAGUUGCCCUCUUCCUAUCAAAGAGAGUAAGGUGCGUAGGGACUCUGUUCGUGAUCUCUAUUUUCAUGAAGAAGAGUCGGAACCUGCUCCUGACCGCCGGGACCAGUUUAGUGGUUCUCCGAAAUAUCCGCAACACCCUGGAGAACAUCACGGGCCUGGUCCGGAGUAUGAUUUGCAACCUGAAGGCCAAGAAAGCAGCCAUCAUUGCUCCAUUCAGUAACUAUGUCAAAAUGUUGAAGUGGCUGGGAAACAUGCUCAAGGGGGUUACAGACUUAGGGGUGGUGAACCUCGACUCCCAGCUCAAGAUUACACCCAAACUGGAGUCAGAAAAAUUCAAGGGGAGACUCAGCGAAGCGGAGCAGCAGCUGAACGACACUGUGAAGUACGUCCAGUCCCUCAUGAACGCGGUCUCCUCUGUUACCGAUAAGAUGUUUCCCGCCAUCAGCUUCCUCGUGCUCAUGCUGUUUAUAGCGCUGCACAUAAAAAGAUACUGCAACGACAUGAAAUACCAAAACAGGUUCACGAGCGGCAAGUUUGUUCGAUUUGACGAGAAGCAGAAGGCGGAAGGGAAGCCCCACGUCCUCCCCCUCACGCCGACGGAGGAGAAGCUGUACACCGCCGUCCCAUCGGCCCGUCCCACCACCAAAGAGGGGAGAGCUAUGCUGAAAUUUGGCAUUCCAGUCGUCUCCCAUUUUGUAGCUUGGGUCAUAUUUAUAACUGUGGAUGCCUUAUUGUACUGCUUUGUCGAUAUUGUGACAACAAAGUUAUCAGAGCUGGAACCGUUCCAUGUCCCGUUGUUAAUGAGCAUCACAGGGAUCGCAACUUUAAUAGGCAUACCGUUUGGUGAGGAGAACCAUCAACAAGACUUUUCCUACUCUGUGACCCUGUUUGAGAAGAAAUGUCUUCCUAAGCCCAAGCUGCUGCUCUCUAACUCUGUAGUUCCUCUGGCUGCCAUCCUGCUCACCUUGCUCAUUAUGGCUCUCAUGGCUGCCAAAGCAGCCCAGCUCAGGCUGAUGGUCUGCGAGCGAUUCUUCUCCACCGCUGCAGAGGAGAGAGUGGAGUACCUGCACGCCAAAAUCCUGAGGAAGAGACUCAAAAAGAGGGAGGUGAAAGACAACUGCAGCCUCAGAUCACUCUAUUUAAAGGUAUGCAUUUAUUGCUUAUCGCGAGUUCAGUUUGUAAAUCUCCGUGUAUAAUGCAGAAGGGUGAUCUUCUCUUUUCAGCCACAUUUCUGGUGCCCGCUGCUCUUCAGGACUAAAGAGGAUCCAAAAAGCAUCGUGUGAGGAAGUUAUUCUUUUGGCUGCAUGAUUAGAAAGUCUCCUGGUGAGGACAACUUUGAACAACUGAUUCAACAAUGAUCCUGUUAUUACAGUAUCACUUUUUAAUUCAACUUUUACCUCUGGCAAAAUGUUCUCAUCCUCAUUACAUAACGAUGACACUUGUGACCUCAACAACUAUCAGCCUGUACCCAAGCCGGGCUGGUCGACUCUCAACGUGCCUCUCUGGAGGAAAAUAGUGUCCUUCAGCUACUGCAGUCAGGGUUUAGACCUGGUCCAAUAACUGCUGCAACCACAACAUUGUGCAACUGCACUGUUUGUAGAUCUGUUCAAAGCUUUUUGAUGCUCAAUUCAAUUCAUUUUAAUAUAGCGUCAAAUCAUAACAGAAGUUAUCUCAAGACGCUUUUCAUAUAGAGCAGGUCUAGACUAUAAUUGAGAGAGA